AUCUCCUCGUGGCUUUGCAAUCGUCAAUUGCACGAUCCAAUUCCGACAAAUUCGAAUGCGCGAUGGAGUGGAAACAGUUUAAGUACUUCAACUUCGUCGGAAAUGGAGCAACGACUUAACAGUUUCCGAUCACUACCGUCGACCGUUUUUCACUCUGAUUCACACAGAUAACUGCUCUCAAAUCUCUAUCGGUUUCACAUCUUCAAGCAUCCAACCAAAUUUGGAGCUGAAAUGGAGGAAUCGAAAGCAGCGGCGUAUUACGAUGAGCUCACUCGCAAAGGAGAAGGAGCAGCAAGGUUCAAACGAGGUCUCGGUUUUGCCGCCUCCGACUCCAACAGUGACGUGGUCUCCGCGUCCAAGGGCUCCGCACUGCCGUCGUCGUCUUCCUUUCUCAGCUCUUUUGUUAAAGCCUCAAGCCCUUCCAAGCCCUCCGAGUUCGAAAAACAAGCUCAGCUCGAGGCCAUUCAGAACAAGCUCAAGAAGAAGAAACCAAGCUCCCCCGAUAGACAAGAGAGGCGCCCUAGGGAUUUGGAGAGAGAUAGACGGAAAUCGAGCCCUAGACGAAGGUCUUUGAGUAAAGAGAGGGAGAGACAUUCGCACUCGAGGAGGCGGAGUUCGAGUAGAGAUAGGGAGAAACAUUCGAGGCGGCGAAGUAGGAGUCGAGAUAGGUAUGGGGAUAAGUAUAGGGAUAGGGAUAGAGAGAGGAGUAGGAGGAGGAGAAGUAGGUCUAGGAGUGAUCCAGAUAGAGACCGGCGGCGUCGACGGAGUAGAAGCUUGUCGGCAGAGAGGAAGAGGUCGGACGACGAUGGAAGUAACGGAGGGGGAAAACAAAAGGACCGUAAAGUUGAAAGACAGAAGACCGAAGGUGUUGACUAUUCAAGAUUGAUUGAAGGAUAUGACAUGAUGUCUCCCGCGGAAAGAGUCAAAGCGAAGAUGAAACUACAACUUGCUGAAACUGCCAGAAUGGAUGAUACAAAAGGCACAGGUCCUGGUUGGGAAAGGUUUGAGUUUGACAAGGAUGCUCCGCUUGAUGAUGAAGAAAUUGAAGCUGCAGAAGAUGAUGCAACAUUAGUAAAGCAUAUUGGACAAAGCUUUCGAUUUUCUGCAAUUGAGGCUAGGAAAGAGGAGCAAAUCAAAGCUGCACAUGACGAGGCCAUGUUUGGAGCACCAGUGGGUCAAUUAUUAAGUACAACCGAUGAUGAGGUCAAGGUCGAGGCCGAGAAUGAAAGGGUGAAGGAAUCGUGUGAUAGUGGUAUGGCAGCAAAUCUAUUGAGUGAGAAGAUAAUUGCAAAACAACAAGGUUCUUGGCGUGACCGUGCUCGUAAAGCUUAGGUCAAACAAGCUCAUAUUUGUGGGCUUAUGUGGCUCUUGAUGGUUAAAGGCACCCAGAACGUGAGAUACAAGUUUUGCCCAUAGUAUUUUGCCUAGGGAAAAGUGUACCUUUUGUGAUAAGUGUCAAAUGAUGGAUACUUGUAUCUUUGUACUAGUGGCUUUAUAUUUUAUAUCAUGUAUAUUUGCCUCU